AUUAAUAUACAUAAAAGAAGGAUACCCACUCUAAAAAAGUCCAAGAAAUUGAGUCUUUUGAUGAAUCAUUGGUGGUAAAUUCGUUUUCUGUUUGGUUCUCGGGAAAUUCUAAAAUGAAAAGAAACGAGCGUUUCGUUUAAUGAAAUCGAGCUUUAAAGCGGCGGAAGAAAACAAGUGGGAAGAAGAGAAUUUUGGCUUUUUAUAUAUAAAUAUAAAAUCGAAUUGGGGGAAAAAAUAUCAGAGAAAUGGCGGGGGAGGAGAGGAGAUUCGAGAUUGGCUACGCGCUAUUGCCGAAGAAAGAAAACAGUUUUAUUCGGGAAUCUCUGGUGAAUCUGGCGAAAUCACGAGGUGUGGAUCUGGUUAAGAUCGACAGGGAACGUCCUUUGGUCGAUCAAGGGCCUUUUGAUUGCGUGCUUCACAAGUUGUACGGCGAGGAUUGGAAGAGCCAGCUCGAAGAUUUCCGUUCUCAAAACCCUAAUGCCGUAAUCGUCGAUUCCCCCGACGCGAUUGGACGGCUACACAACAGGAUUUCGAUGCUGCAGGUGGUGUCGGAACUGAAGAUGGAGAAUCAGAGCGAAACAUUUGGAAUCCCUAAACAGAUUGUGAUUUACGAUCAAGAAACCCUAUUCGAUAACCAAGCAUGGGAGUUGCUUAAGUUUCCAGUGAUCGCGAAGCCAUUGGUGGCUGAUGGGAGCGCCAAAUCGCACAAAAUGACUUUGGUUUUUAACAGCGAUGGCUUGAACAAGCUUAAGCCCCCAAUUGUGUUGCAGGAGUUUGUUAACCAUGGAGGGGUUAUUUUCAAGGUUUACGUAGUUGGGGACUAUGUGCAAUGUGUUAAAAGGAAGUCAUUGCCCGAUGUUUCGGAAGAAAAAUUGAAGACUUUGGAAGGGUCUCUACGGUUUUCUCAAGUUUCCAAUUUGCCUACUCACGAGAAAAAUGAUGAUAAGUAUUAUAAGAUGAUGCAUUUGGAGGAUACUGAAUUGCCGCCACAAAGUUUCAUGACAGAUAUUGCUAAAGGUUUGAGAAAGGCCAUGAAAUUGAAUUUGUUUAACUUCGAUGUGAUAAGGGAUACCCGGUUCGGGAAUCGUUAUCUUAUCAUUGACAUUAACUAUUUUCCGGGUUAUGCGAAAAUGCUGGGUUAUGAAAUGGUUUUGACUGAUUUCUUUUGCGGUAUUCUGAAUAUGAAUUCAAGGGGGAAGGGUUUGGUUGAGGAGUGUAGCCAGAAGAAAAUUGCAGGGACUGAUGCUAGGCAGUUGCUUAAUUGUGAGGAAGAAGUAAGGAAAACAGUGACCAAUUCUUGCUGUAGCGAUGGGGAGGAGAUGGAGAACUCUAUUCAAGUUUGACCAUAAAGUUGUAGGGAAUUUGAUGAAAAAGAAGAUGUAGCUUGAUAUGUUUUCGGAGUUGGUUGUCUUGGAGGGUUGUUGCAAUUGUACAAGGAUUGGGACCCUGGUGCUGGCUCGUGGAGGCAAAACAAGUUGCACAUUUUCGAUUGUUAGACAUUGGCUCAUACAGGGGUCAAAUAAAUAGGUUGGGUACUUUGAGAUUAGUUGUAGCCUCAUGACAACAAUUACAUGGUGUUGGGUAGUAAUCAUGUAUAUUAUGUCUGCUGUUGCUUUGGAGAUUGGCACUUCUCAACAUACUUUUGACGUUUUAAGGAACUUUAAGCUGUACUUUGAAGCAUUUAAGUGUUCCUUUUGCUUAGUCAUUGUUAUAGUUUUCACCUUGACAAGCUCAAUCAAUGGAUUUUUUUCAUAUUUUCAAUGAAUGUUUCAUUUUAAUUUC